AAUAGACGCAUUUGUUUCCACCAGGGCGAUUUUGAAUGUAACACUCCUAUUCGCUGUGGAGUCUGUUUAUUCUUUUACAGGCGGACUAAAACAAAUAAUAAUAAUAAUAAUGGAUGAUCAGGGAUGCCCGAGGUGCAAGACGACCAAAUACAGAAAUCCAUCUUUGAAGCUGAUGGUGAAUGUGUGUGGACACACGCUGUGUGAGAGCUGUGUGGAGAUGCUGUUUGUCCGUGGUUCAGGUAACUGUGUGCAGUGCAACACUCCUCUGAGAAAGACUAAUUUCCGCGUGCAGCUCUUCGAAGAUCCAGCCAUCGAUAAAGAGGUGGAGAUCCGCAAGAAAGUUCUUAAAAUCUAUAAUAAGAGGGAAUUAGAUUUUUACACUCUGAAAGAAUAUAAUGACUACCUGGAGCAAGUGGAGGACAUUGUGUUUAACCUGACAAAUAACAUAGAUGUUGAAAGGACCAAGCAGAUGAUGGAACAGUACCAGCGAGAUAACAAAGACAUUAUACAGAGAAACAAAGCCAAACUGACACGUGAGCAGGAGGAGUUGGAGGAGCUGUUGUUGCAGGAGCAGCAGGGUUCAGAGCAGAGGAGACUGGAGACCCUGCAGGAGGAACAGAGACAACUACAGGCUAAGAGGAAAAACAAACAGGCCCUGCUAGAUGAACUGGAAAUUUCCAAGUUACCUGCAGCUGUGCUGUUGGCCCAACAUAAAGAUCGAGCCUCUCAACUGGAGACCCAGAUAGAAAAACAGAAGCAAAAUGUCAAGCCAGCUAACAUUUUCUCUACUGGAAUAAUGAUGGGUCAGACUGUGUCUUUGGUGUCGGUGUCUCGUGUGGAGGAGGUGUUGUAUGUCUAUCAGCCUCUGUGCAUUGACACAUACGGGCCACCCGUUCCAGAACUGGAUCAGUUGGGCCGAUUAGGGUAUUUGAAUCAUGUGCGCACAGCGUCUCCGCAGGAUCAGGCUGGUGGUUAUACAUCAGGACUGGCAUGCCAUCGCGCCGUCCAGGAUGCUUUCAGUGGCCUCUUCCCCUCAUGAUAUUACGAAACUACAGCCACUUCCACUCCAUCUGUUCAUCAGGCUUCCUAAAGACUCACUGACAAGUCAAGGGAGAGGCUGUGAAUGGUUGGACACAUGUG